GAAGUUCAUGCCUGGGAAGGGCCAUGGGCAUGCUCUAGAGUGAGCCACACUGGGUAUUUGUCUUGAGGUUUUUUUAAAUAUUUUUUUUUCUGUGGGUGAGAAUCUUAGGGAAGGGUUUCAGUAAAAUAUUUAUCAGAUUUCCAGGUGCUUUUUGAAAGUGCUGAUGCAUCACUUUAGGGGAGUUUAGGAUUAUUCUCUGCUCUGCUUUACUGUUUCACUUUUAUCUGUGGUCUGUCUGGCUUUAAUGGGCUUUUUGUUAUUUGUUCCCCUGACUUCAUCUGUCCUUGAGUUUGUCUGGCACAAUUGAGUCUCUAUUCUCUAUUUUCCCUGACCAGGGUGAUUUAAACUAUGUAUUCUGUGGUUAGGGAGGAGAGGAAUAAUCUAUUUGCUCUCAUGUCCUUGGUCAGGGGAGAUAAUGUCUUGUGAUUCACUAGCUGGCUGUUGGGACUAUUUAGCCUCUGAGAGUCCUCAUCAGCCUCACUACACACAGGACUUCCGACACUGCUCUGCCUUCUCUGGCAAUUACUUCCCAAGAGUUCCCACGCUGCCACCAAGAAGAUGUCAGCUAAGGCCAUAGAGAACUCGGAAGGAUUUGCCGCUGAUGCCCUCCUGCAGGAGUCUCAGUCGGAUGAGGAUGAACCCUCCCAACUAUCCCCUGCUGGCUCUACUCCUGGGGGGCCACCAGUGGAUCCCCCAUCAGGAACCCGAUGGACCUUCCACAAACUCCACAGACCCACCCGAAGACAAAAAAAGGGAUUUACGCCGCACUGCAGUCACUGUUGCUGCAGCUGUGGCCGGAGGAGUGGUGGCCGUGGGCUCUGUGCCCGUCUUGCUGGGCGCCAUGGGCUUCACCAGCGCAGGAAUCGCUGCCUCCUCCAUAGCGGCCAAGAUGAUGUCAGCGGCCGCCAUCGCCAAUGGGGGAGGGGUUGCCUCUAGCAGCCUGGUGGCUACUCUGCAGUCUGUGGGGGCAGCUGGACUCUCCACAUCAUCCAACAUCCUCCUGGGCUUGACUGGGUCAUCUUUGGGGGCCUGGUGGGGGUCUGCUAAAAAGAAGACCUCUACCCAAGCUGGACCUGAUACUGAAGGGAAGAGAGGUCCCGAUGUUGGAGCAACUCCGAAGGAGCCUGGCGGGUCUGAAGGCAGGCCAUUGGCCCAACUCGGACAACUGCCUUGCUUCCCAAAUUCCAAGGGAUUUAUGUCAAGCCUUCCUAGGGGGUCCGGCUGAGAUCCAGGUGGGUAGACCCCUCCUCU